AUGACUUCCAAAUCGAAGGUUUCAUUGUUCCCGUGGGACGCCAAGUCUAAAACCCACAGAAGGUGGCUCUACGAGCAAAGAGUGCAAUGCAAUUGGGAUUCAGAUAAGGUCGAAGGAGAAUGGAGAGAGAAACAAAUCCAGGGCGAGAAAUGCAUGUACUGGAUUGUCCGUCAGUCCAAUCGCUCGCAAGACAUAAAAUCUUGCAAUGGCGAGAGUGAAGAAGUGCUUCAUGAUACAGCGGACUCUGUCCAUGGCGUUGCGCGUGAACCAUCACAGGUGGCGUUUGUCCCAAUUGGUCAUAUUUCUUUGGAUUCGAAAAACAAGGAUGCAGAAAUGGUCGGCCUUGAAAUACCAUCGGAAGGUGUCUUCUGGAUCAAAAGCUUUUUCAUCCUGCAAUCACUUCAAGGUCAGGGCAUUGGUCGAGCAGCUAUGGAUGCAGUAGAGUUAAUGGCAGCUCGAGAGCCACUCUGGGCCCAGUCACUCAUGCUAGACACGGUUACGGGGGAACACCAGAUGAGAGAGGAUUUCGCAACAUCCACCUACGGCGCCAUUCCUAAGAUCACGAAUCAAGAUUGGUAUGGCCGCCGGGGAUACAUACCGAUCAAGACUGUGCCGAACUAUUAUGACGUAUAUGAUGAAAACGGAAACCGAUGGGAUAUAGAGAUUGUUUUCAUGCGAAAACAAAUUUCAUGA